AUGGCAUCUUCUCAACAUGUCGAAGUGGAAGCCGCUAAGUUUUUGCACAAACUUAUUCAAGAAUCAAAGGAUGAGCCUGCAAAACUUGCAACAAAACUUUACGUGGUAAGUGUUUUUAUAAGCCCCUCUCUGCGCGCAAAUAGAAUCUUCAGUGUUGGAAUACAAUCCUUAUUUGCUUUCUGGAAUGUUCCAGAUAUGCCAGCAUAUGAAAAUGAGUGGAAAGGAACAGUCAUUGCCAUACCAAGUAAUAUCAAGGUGAAGUACUCACAAAUAUCUGAUCUGUAAUUUGAAUCUGUUGCUAGUGAAUAAAACCUCACUACUUAUAUGUAUUUUCAUAAAAAUUCGGUAUCACUGGUAGAAAUGAGUUUACUUUGUCGUGGGAUCUUUAGGGUAGUAUAUGUAACCAUCGGUGGGCCUUUGACUUACAAAUGAGGAAAAUAAUAUAUACUAUCCCCUAACAAUUUUCUUAUCAACCAUUAGUAAAAAAGAAUUAUUCUAUAUUUUUGACCGACUAGGAGGAAACAUCAUGUACGAUACCAUUAAAACUUCUUGCCGUCUUAAGGGUUGUACUUACAGUCAUUAGUGGACCUUGGAGCCUGCAGUAUCCUAAAGGAUGUCUUAUAUAAAUCAUCAAUAACACCACAAAUCACAGAGAGAUGUUUCUCUGUUCCCCUCCACCAUAGGGGAUACAUUUUUCUUAGUUUUCAGGUCAGAAUAGAGUUAAUGUUAUUCAUUUAUCCUCACCUUCAUAGUUUUAAAACAUUCCAUUGUAGAAGCAGUGGGUUCAUGAGAAGGUCUUCUAUCAAGUUCUGCACUUCCACCUUCAUAUGGUUUAAUGUAGAUUCUCAAUCUGAAGCUGUUGCUCUAAAAGCAAUAAAAGUUCUUGCUAUAAAAGCCUGGUGUAGUUUUUUUUUCUUUUUAUGAGGAAGUUUCUAUACAUCCGUUAUUCUUCCUCUGAGUUGAAAUUACUCUCCUAUAUCCACUUCUAUAUUUCUUUAGUUAUGAACCAUCUUUCUAUCUUUUUCAUUCUAUAUUCGCUUCAUCCAUUAUCCGAUGAAUUUCUGAUAUGUAUUUAUCUUUGGAAAACUUCACUAUUCUUCCUUUACCUGUCUGACUGGUGACUGAACAUAUUACAAGAUGGAUCUCAUCUCCCCUCAGCUGCAGUAAUCUCUGGUUUCCACUUUUACAUAAUUCGAUUGAUUUUGCGGACAAUUCCAUUCCAUUACUGUCGACAUAUGUUAGCAUUGGAUAAUGGAUCCCAAAUAUUUGGUAGGAAACGAAAUGUUCUGCAGCUGUAUCGAGAGGCAAAACGUAGCAUUCUGCUUUGCUUUGUCUAUUCCCAUUGCCUCCAUUUUGCUAAAAAUAAUCUUGAAUUCUAUCCAUAAUAUUUAAGGUGUUCCCCGAGUGACCCCAUACAACAAGGUGGCCCAGAACUCGAGGCAUCCAGGCCACCUAGGCAACAGGCACGAAGUCUAUUGGGAUGAACAUGAAGCAUUUCUAAAAGAGUGCAAAUCCUCAUGCCUUCCUAAAUGUGAACAGUUUUUUGUCCAGCAGAUGCUGUUUGCAUUUGGGUGAACACUCUGUUGCUUAGAUCUUUGUAAUACAUAAGUACUUCAUUAUUCAUAUUUCUCUAUUUUAAUCAUUAACACAACUUUAUUUAUGUUAUACUAUAUGUUUAAUUUUUUGAGUAAACCAGGCUUGGGGAAGCAAUUGCUUUAGUAUAUGUUGGCAUCUGGAGACCUACCAUAGCUGAACUGUCGUUGAAAAUCCACAAUUCAUCACUCGUCUUUAUUUACUAUUCCAUUUUAGGAACACUAUCGGGCUUCAUUUUAUCAUCUGGGUUGCUGAAUGUCAACACUGAAAUCUCACAACACAUAUUUGACCUUCCAUCCUUUUUCUGCACCGCUAUUCUCUAGAAGGGUUAGAGUGGAGGGAAGAGGGAUCAAGAACAGCAAAGCUAUAAAAUAAAGAGAAUUCUCCUUUUCUUUUCUUUUUCUUUCUUUUGUCUGAUUUUCUGAUCAGCUUGUAUCCUUUCUUUUUUCUUGGACUUCGCAGUGAUGGGAAUGUGAUUAGCCUUCUAGAUUCAGCAUGAACCAUGACCUUUGAACCCUUGGUCUUGUAUUGCUUACCAUGGAUUUCUUCCUCCACUCCCUUUGUCAACUUCUUUAUUUUGACAUGUGCUCUUAUGAGGCCACUAUAUUAUACUGCUAAAGGCUGUACUGCUGCCCAUUCAAAGUAGGAGAGGAUAAUACCACUGAUUUAGCUAAUUGAGCCUUCUCUCUCCACUGGCGUGACUGCCCCACUAUUUUCUGCAGUGUAUAUCUUUGGGUGCCAAGGACCAGCUCUGUGAGCUGGAUAUCUGGAUUGCAUGUUUUUUCCCCCUUGAACCAUUCACCUUGUGCCCAUUUGAAUUACCCUGGAACAGUUGAGGUUAUGGUUCUGGAAGUACGAUACAGUCACGAUUGAAUUAUCUUAAAAAACAUGUUCUAUUGGCGGUCAUUUUCCUGCGUUAUGUGAGUAAAUUGGGUCAGUAUGUCUUCAUAUUUAUGCUCACCAUUUUCACUUUUGGCUGUGACUAGUCUUCUCUUCUUCUCCUUUGAAACUUUGCUUUUGCUUCACCCAUCCGAAUAUUACUUUCUCUUUCUUAUGUAUGCACGGAAAUUUCCCUGCUUUCUGCAAUUGCAGCAGCUUUUGCUCUUGACCUCUUAUUCAUUGGUUCUGCAAAUCGGCUUUUCUGCUGAUCUGAAGACGAUAAUGGAUUAGCAAUGACCUAGACAUUGAAGCUGACGUAUUUAAUUUCAAUUUUCUCUUGGGCAAGAAACUAAGUGUGAACUUCUGUGACUAGUAAGUAAUCUCCAAAGGACUUAUGUGAUAUUUCAAAAUGACUCUGUACUUCCUCCCUGUUUUAUUACAUUGAUCAGAUAAGCAAACCGAUCCAUUGCCUUCUACCUUGCGUUCCCCUCCACUAAACUACUGUUCAGACAAUAUAUGCAGAAUUGUUAUUUUCAUUCGAGAAGUUCCAUCACUAUAUUCGUCCCAUUUCCUCCUUGCUUCACUCUCGUUCUUAAGGAUUAUCUACUCACUGGGAGAUCCCUUCCUAUCCUCAUUCAUUUCAGACUUUGCAGCACGACCUGCUCGUCUUCUUUCUUUCCGAGGGUAUUAGGUUACCUUCCCACUGCGUUCAUAAACCCAUGAGAGGCUUUUUUUGGUAUGAUGUAGUUUUUAUUUCUGAAUUUUGCUUGGUAGAACUAGUACCCGAUUCAGUAAGACGACAAAGCAGGCAUUCUUAUAAACAAAGUACAUCUCAUGAUCUUUCGUUAUCUCUAGCCUAGUGUUCCUCAGACACCUCUUGCAUUAUUUGUGUGGAAGGGGGAGUAACAGAGACUCUACCGGUUACCUGGCAGCCCAUUCUUUCUUUUUUUUCUAAAAUCCAUCUUUCAUCUGCAUUGGUUCUCCUAUCCUCUUUGCUCUCAGAUUCCAUCAGAACAUUCUUUUUUUUCCUCUUGAUUUCCAUGGGUUUAACUCUUUACCUGUAUCACCAUGUUGACUGAUUAGUUGCGCAGGCAUUUGUCAUGUCUGAUGAUAUGGAAUUCUAAAAUCCAUUUAAUCAUGAGUAAUGAUUAAUUUUAGUUCAAUAUCAACGUUUAAGAAGUCUAACUGUGUAAAAACAUCUUUCUACGAAAAUAUUGUGGUUAUGAAUACAUUUUCUAAUAGACAGGUUUUGAGAACAUUGCGUUUGGAAACGAGAUAAAUAUGGCUGUCAUAGGGUAACCAUUUUUGAGACAUGCUGUUUUGCGUCUGGACAACCAUAUAAUGCGUCAAAUUUAGGGGGUGUAUUGUCAUUUUAUAUUUAUGAAUUAUUUUGGCAAGAAAAAAUAAUGGGAGAUGGCCGCUUAUGAUUCAUUUGUCUGACCAGAAUUGAUUUUUGAAGAGGAGAUUGGGUAAUUUCAAUGCACAUCCUUUCUUGAAUCAAACGCUGGUGUAGGCUUCCUUCCUUUUCUAGACUAUUCCUCUUUAUUUCUUCCUGUAGCUUCUAGAAUUUUCCCUUUUCCUGGAUUGGCUUGUUUGAGGUGAUAUUACUUCAAUUUCUCAAAUCUGACUUUUGACUGGAGAGUACACAAGAGAGUGCACUAUUCUCAAAUCUGACAUUCCUGUGCUGGGACAUUCUUUGGACUGAUACUUGCCAAGUUUUGGAAAUGAUAUCUGUAGCGUUAUCAUCUGUGGAACCAAAUUGUUAUACUUUUAACUAAUUUUGAAUUAUGUUUAUCCAUAUGAUCAUAAGGAUCUUAUCUCUAUGAUUUGUGUGUAACUACUGAUCAUCACAAUUUUUUUUCGUUCUGUUGCGCUUGUUUUUAAUCUUAGUUCAAGGUUUGCCUUCGUUAGGUUGGCAAACUGUGUGAUAUUUAUGUCAAUGAAAUUUCUAUCCACUGUUGAGAGAGUUUCCUGAAGACAUUCUUUCAUGUUCGUUAUCUAUACCUGCUACUCAUGAUAACUAUAAUAAUGUUUUCUCAUGCUCCAUCACUCAAGCUAUGCCUUUCUUUUGAUGGCCUAGAAUAUUUUCAGUCAGCUUGAUGAUUUGCCUCUCUCUGCAGGGCGAUGGAAACAGUCAUCAGCCAGCACAGGCUUGAUAUUGAUGUUCUGAGGUCCUCUCGGCUGUCCUUAGGAAGUGGACCUCAGAUGGGGGAUUCUGGUCAAAGGCAGAUUGAUAAUAAUGCACCGGGGUCUAGUGCCGGAGUUGAUAUGCCUCAGAAGGGCACAGCUGUUGGUACGUGGCAUGCUGUACAAAACAGUGAAGCAAAGGAUGAGGCUUACAGCGGCACUGCACAAAAUUUUAUGUUGUCUGGGGAUUGCAAAGUAGCUGCAGGUGUGAGUGAUCCAGGCAAGCAUGAGGGAGCCAGCUUAGAUAGGCCUCCAAAGGUUGACUCUUUGAGACAUGAUAUCAUCAACCAAGGAUCUGUCUCCCAAUCUCAAAGAAGUAGCAAGUCAUUGGAACAUGAAAGCCCAGCAAGUGUUCCAAUGGAGGACUCCAGAUCUGCAAACUCACAGGAAAGGCAUAAUUCCACAAAGUCUGAUACACAGGCUGGCAGGAAGGAUGCGAAGAAGACUAAUACGAAGCGGAAAAGGGCUGAAUCAAAAGAAUCUUCAGACGCUCAUGGGGAUGAUCCUCAACAGUCAGACUCUGUAAGCACUAGGUUUAAUGCAAGGAAAGGCAAGCAUACUGGGAGAGGUAUUGCCCAAAGUCACCUUUCUGUCAAAGGUGGAGAACGUUCUCAUCUCGGUUCUGUUCAACAGACUGCCCCUAUGGAAGAGGUAUCACCAUUUUUGGGAGCUGGUGUAAAUUUAGUUAAAAGUAGACAAGAAAGUAGUUUCACUUUAAUGGAAAGCAAAGUAGAUAAAUUUAAAAAAUUAAAUCCAUCAUCAUUAUCUCGUACAUCAAAGUACCUUGAAGAAGAAGUUUCUUCAUCCCAUCCUUCUUCUGUAGCGCACAAAGGAGACAUGCCGCAGUCACGAGUAAUGACUCUGGGUUCCAUGGGUGUUUGGAAUCAGAAUAGGAUUGUCCCACCAUCAGAGGUUUCCCAAGAUUUUGCUACUGGAUUGGCGGAUCCACAGGGCCUUGACAUGAAUAGAAAUACUCAAGGGGCUGAAAACAAUGGUCUUAACACUAGCACUGCAGAGGAUGCUAAUCGAGUCAAUGGAGGAAUAUCCGGAGCUUUUAGUUCAUUUGGAAUGUCUACGGGGGGCUUCUCCAACCCAUUACAGUCUACAUUUUCUGGUCAUGACUUGGGUUUGAAGGUUCGUAAGGAUAGAAACCCUGAUGUUCCAUCAGGUUCAGUUAUACAUUCGAUGGAAAAGGGCAAGAAAGUUUUGGGUGCUAACGUUGAAAUGAACCAUCCUUCUGGUGACAUUGUUUCUUCUAAAGAGCCUGCUGAGUUUGAGAGUGGAAGGCAUGGUCUCGUUGACGCAGUUUCACAGCCUCCUGAAAAAGCUAUGGACGUUCAUUUGAGUUCAUCCCAUGGGUCAGCAACCCCAAGAUAUCUUUAUUCAGGAAGGAUUUUAGGGCAUGAGGGAGGUUCUUCACACACCACAUCCAAUCCAUACACUGCAUUUCAGGUAUUUGCUUUCUUUUUUAGAUGUUGUAGCAUUUGCAACCGACAAAUAGCUCAGAAAGGGCUAAUUGUGGCGUAGACCAUCAAAUUUCCUAAACAUUUGUUGGUUAGGAGAUGGAAGAAAUAGUUGCAUUGAGAAAUUUAAGAGGAUAUCAGGGCUACGCUUAUUGGCCUUGUGGGACAGCAAGAUGAAUGGUGUGUAAAAGAACAAGUGGUCAUGUAGCUCAGUGUGUGAAACAUAUUUUUAUUGUAGAAUAAUACUAGUAAAACAAAAAUCUGGUGCAUUCAUGUUUUCUGGGUUUCUGUCUAAAUUGAACCUAAAAACUUCUAUUAUACCAUUCAUUUAUUUAUAAGUGCGAGUAAGGAUUUGGUGGAUUUAGGAUUUAUUAAAUUUUCUAUGAUCCUCACGGAGAGGACACUUCUCAGCAGAACAUUUGAUGUGGUGGACAAUUUUAACUUGUUUUCAGAUCAUGUAAUAGGAGUGGGGUUGGUCUACUAGAUGAAAUGAAAUGUUCGUUGAGCGGAUUCAGGCUCAAGAAUUGUAGUCGAACGUCCCUAAUCUUAGAUACAACUGGACUAAUGAAUGAAAUGGGGGUGCUUUUUAUAUGCAGGAUAAGUUAGGUUCUUAUUCCUGUGGAAGUGUGUUGGAAUCAGCGUUUUCUCUUAAAAAAGUCGUGAAGGUGGGCAAACCCAAAUGGAUAACCCAUUUCAACCCAUCAAGCCUUCCCAAAAGAAAGAGCAAGAAUCCUUGUAAAAGCCUGGUGCAGCACCAGAAGAAAUGACACAAGCUGCAGCAAGGCCAUAGAUGGCCUGACCCAUCUAAGCUCCAUUGGUAACGGAAACUAGCUCCCAUUGCUCAUAAGCAGAAGAGGAUGCACGGAAGCCUUGCAGUUCGACUCUUCAGUCUUGUGACUCUCAGGCAGAAGGAAUGUUGGCCAGUGGAGAAGAAACCCACUGCAGUAAAGCAGGGUAUCAUUGCCAGCAAAGGGCCCACGGAGAAAACUAGUGUUUUGAUGGUGAUGCUGCCAUGCUUAUUUCACAGACUGGUGUGCCGAGCUCACUAUUCCAUUUCUGUGGUUAUCAAGAGGCUCAAGGAGCAGAAAUGUGACAUGAAGGUGUAGAAGAGGGUCACUCUGUCUCCUGAUUAGACUCUUUCAAGAAGAAGAAAUCUCACUGUAACACUUCAGCCAGCAACUCAGGAUGGAUGAGGAGAGGAAGUGGCCAGACAUGCUGGUCCUAUGUCUCAUCUGAGAAGAUACACACUGACCAAGCUGGAAGGCCUGUUGCCUUCUGGUUGAGGAAGCACUGUCAGAUGUGGUUCUGGGGUACGGUUGUGGGGGGUGGGACAUAGAAAUGGAGAAAUGACCGGAGAAAAACUCUUGGAUAAGAAAAGGGAGACAAUCAAAACUUUCCUAUUCUCGAUUCCUGUUUGUUGGGGUAACCAAAAGAUAGAAGCACCCCUGGUUAAAAUGCAUUGUUCUAGUAAAUCUGAUCCAAGAACCUCUAUAGAAGGUCGUCCUAUUCUUCCCCAUGGCGGAUAUAACCACGAGGUAUUCCAUUGUGAGAAUAAUAGUUGUCAGAAAAGAAACUAGGCACCAAGAGGUCUGUAUGGCCCAUGCGUGACAUUUUGAGAGGUAAAUUUACGUGAGUUUGUUUUGCACCUAGGUAAUAAGCACAUGAUCAGGCCUAGUCAUUGGUGAAUGCUAUUAAUUUGAGGAAAGUCGUUUAGGCUAGCUAACUGGGAUACCAUCAAUAUUGCCUGAAAUGUACGUGGGGAUGAGGAAAAGGACAUGAAUCACGUGUGCCUGUGGUCCUCGUCGCUGCAGAUCUGGUAGUUCUAAAUGAGAGGCACUAGUUGGCGUCUUCUAUCAAUUGAGGCAGAGUUAUAGGGAGGACAUGAAUGACACUGGGCAUGUAUGUGACCUUAUAUCCCUGAGACCCUUUUUAACCAUGUUGGAGAUGGAAAAAUAAUUGCCUGCUUUGGCGCAGGAGUAGUUAGAUAGGAUGUUUGUUUUUGUUUCCAUCAGGGUGAAAGUCUGUGCAAGAGUUCUAUUUAUUGAGGAAGGAGCUGGUCGUACCAUCUUGUGAUCCUUGGGUUUAUUACUCUUGUAUUAGCUUUUCUUAGAGCAAAUCGUACACAUGUCGAUUUUGUUUAUUAUUGAUACUUGAUUACUAGAUUAGGUAUCUACUUUCCUGAGAAAGUAUUCCCACAAUGUAGGUCAUUGCCGUAUUAGACACCUCAUCGACUCAUUUACAGUGUACGAUUUCUUUUUCUUCUUGAUGGGCGGACUUAAUUUGAUUAUUUGUUGAAAAAAUUGAACUGUUCUUAUCUCCAACAUACUUCAGCUUCGUCUUCAAAUGGCAAGAUACUUUGUUGUUUGACGUUUUUUGACCUCUUUUAUCCAUUGUUGUUAGCAUGACAAGAUACAAGACCUCUUCCCCAAAAACUCUCUAAAGGAAUAUUUCUCAGCAUAUUCAGAAUUUCCAAGGUCAAUCGAUUAGAUAUUUAAUAUUGAUGCGAUAAAUUUCAAGGAAGUGUGAGUUCUCUCAUUGAUCGCCUGACUUUCGUGGGAUCUGAAUUAGAACAUCUUCAUGGAUAAUGUGUGUAUGUGUUAAGCUGGGAGAUAGAAUUUUUCCCUGAUCAGGAAAUGAAUUGAUUUUUCUAGUCUAACUUUCAUCAAGAUGCUUUGAUAGGUUUACAUUUCAGCUACGAACUGAUCUAUUGUCAAUUCUCUCUUUGGUAACCUAAUUUGAGGACUUAAGCAGAUUAGCUACGCCAGCUGUUAUUGACUAGAAAAGAAAUUUGAUUUGAUGAUUUCUGGGCUUUGCGCCUUUUGUAUUGAGAAUGGACAGAUUGGGGACUAGAGAACGAAUAUCAGGAAGAGCAUCGCCUAUAGCUUGCUUUGAGUUAUUGCAUGCGGGAGAAUUUUGCACUUGCAUGAAGAAUUGUGAAUGCCUCAGAUAUGGAUGGACUUGGUUUUCUGGUUAUCAGUCUGUUGUGGAACACGGCUACAGUGAUGGAGAAAAUUGGCGAGUGCACAUUUUGUUUAUUGUUUUGUAUCAGGAAAAAAAAGUGUAUUGAUUGAAAUUUAUGUUUUGGUUCUGAUUUUAUUAUCCUUCAGCAAAAGACCCUUUUUGUUUUUUCGUAUUUUUCUAGCCUAGGAUUGUCUCCUAUCUGUUUCAUUCCGAAAUUUAACUAUCCUCAUGUCAUGAUGUUGUUUUACCUCAGACUAUGUUGUACGAAUGCAGGGCAGUGAAACAGGACGGCAGUUCAAGGAUAAUACUCGUGGGGAUGGCGAUAUUGUUGAGGGGAGAGAUACAAAUUCCCUUUCGAUGCUGAAGUCAGAAAGAGCCACAAGGGAUAUUGGUGGAAUUACGACAUCUCAGUCUUUGUCCUCAGAAAUGCCUUUUAAGGAGCAGCAUCUGAAACAGCUUAGAGCCCAAUGUCUUGUCUUCCUAGCAUUCAGGCAUUCCUCUCUUCUUUUUACCUUGUUUUUGGAUUGAAUAACCUGCUUAUGAAUGCUUUCUGCAAUCUAGACAUUUUCCUUGUUGUUUUGUCUGUGCUUUAUGUUUAUAGUAAUGUAAAACUGUGUUACAAAUUAUGAAUUUGGACGAUUAUUUUAGAGUUUUUAUCUUUGGACCUAACCAGUAUCAUCAAUUGUACUCAGAAAUAAUGUUCCUCCAAGGAAGCUACAUCUUGAAAUUGCACUGGGAGAGAGCUAUCCAAAGGAAGGCAAGUUAUCUUGUACACACAUUGCUCAUCUGAAGAAGCUAUGAACUUUAUCAAUUAUUUUAUCUAGAGUCAUGCUCAUAUUGUUAAGUUUUUGGAUAGCAGGUGGUAAUGCAGAUGGAAAUCACCGAGCACCAAUUGAGAUAAAAGGAAAAUCCAUGUCAUCAAAGGAGUAUGGCCACUGUCUGGAGAGCCCAGGUCUAUUUGGCAGACCAAAUGAUAUGAUAGAAACAGAAAAAGAAAUGAAUGCCAAAAUUCCUCCAGGUUCCUCAUCUUCUGGUAGUCUAAUGGAAACUGAAUCUUCUUCAAAGGACACAGAGAACACAAAGAAGAAGAGUAAAACAGUAUCAAUUUCCGAAAGGUCAGUGGCAGUGGAACAGUGGCAGUUAUCUUCUAAACAAAAAACUGAAAUCUCUCAGUUGAAAGCUGAGUCGCAUGGUCCAGUAACCUCACCAGUGGAGGCUGAAUCUUUAGCAAAUGCUAGCAGAUGUUUUUCUGAGACAAAACCGAUUAAGGACAGCUGUAACCAAGCAAAUCAACCAGGGGUGUGGGCUAAUCAAAACUUAUCUUCUGUUCCUCGGAAGAGUAGCAUUCUGAAUCCUGAAGUGACUAUGCCAACCACAGCCGGGUUUCAUACGAUCGCUUUUAAAGAUGUGGUAUCAUGCUCUGUUGGCCAGCUCCAGCAUGAACCGGCUUCUGAAGUUAGAAUUUCCCCUCAAGAACAAUCUCAGCCUUUUUUUGUUGGCGAGAGGGCAAACAGACUAUCUAGGCCAGAGUUUCCCGUCGUAGAAACCAACGUGCUUGUAGACAGAGGCACGUCUCUUUUGACAGCGAAAGAUCAGACUCCACACUUUACCGUUAAGGACAUUGAAAACUUGAAGUGCAGUAUGAACUCUCUAAGGGACGUACAUGCUGAAAAGCUCUCCUCUACACCGGAGCUCGUAGCCUAUAACGAUAAGAGUGGUUUUUACUGUGGUACCGAAAUUAAUGGAUUAAAUGAUCAGAGGACUCCUGAUAUUCAAAAACAGGCCAGUUCUGAUGGAUUGAAAACUAUCAUAUACAGUGAUACAUUGAGGGGUGGAAAUCUAGGUAAAGUGCUGGAGAGAUCAACAGAUCCUGACGAGGAAAACAGCUUGGAAUCCAGUGACAUGUCUAUUUCUCCUCCAAAAUUUACUACUUCAGAAAAAUGGAUUCUUGAACAGCAGAAAAGGAAGCGUUUUGAAGAAGAAAAAUGGGCCUUGAAGCAGAGGAAAGCAGAGGAACGGAUUGCGACAUGUUUUGAGAAGCUAAAGGUAUUAUCAUAUUUCCUCUCUCCCCAUUUAUAAGACUAUCUUUCGCAUAGCUUAUUUCAAUAGUUGAAGCAUUGUACGGAGUCUAAGUAAUCCCACUUUUUAUGCUUGUGAUAUAUCCAGUUUCCCCGCCAACGUUGUUCUCUGUCUAAGAUAUAUGCGCGCAGAAAUGAAAUUGAAUUAAGCACAGUAUCUUAUGUCGGUUCUGUAGGUUUUCAUAUUGUGUAAGGUGUCUGUAUUUGAAGAGGAAUAAGAUAGUGAGAGUGUUCUUGUGUUGACAGGCUCAAACUUUAUUUAUCAGAAAAAUAUCAUCCAUUUGCUUUUCUCAGAUUCAGAAAUCCUUUGCUUAUUCCUUUUGGCAUGAUAAUAGUUAUCCUACUUAUCCUGAUAACCAGCAGAACGAAAAGAGCAUUCUAACUAUUUGAAGAAUGAGAGUUGAGUGCAAGUUACUAGAAAGGAGACGAGUAAGCAGAGAGGUAACUCAUUGAGCCAACUUUGAUUCCGUUGUGGUUUUGGUGCGUGUAAUUGGGGAAGAUCAUUGUUCUGCAGAAUGCUAUGUGUAUCUAAUUGUGCUGCUGUGGAGAAUCAUGAAAUGGGAAAUUGAAUGUCUUUUAUACAGAGGGAAAUAGAAAAGUUAAAUCCACUUAAUAGAUUCCUCAAUUUCUUGAGGUUAAAGCAGUCAAGAAAAGGAUCAUAAGUGUGUUUCUUUUAGAUAAUGAAUUGUACGGAUGGGGUUACAAAGGAACGGUCUGGGAACUACGUGAUAGUUCCCUCCAAAUUAUCUCCAUGUUCUAGUGAAUCAUUAUUUUUUUUGUAUUGGGUCUCGGGAAACUUUGUUUGGCAUCUCUCUUAUGAUUCCUGGUUGGUGUACUGAAUUCAGUGUUUAUUUGAUGUCAUACUUUAUCUUUUGACAGGAAAAUGUGAAUGCGUCUGAAGAUAUUUCAGCCAAGACAAAAAGCGUUAUUGAAUUGAAAAAGCUACAGCUACUUCGGCUGCAACGACGAUUGCGGAGGUUUGCUCUAAGCUUUAUAGACUUGUUGUUCUUUUUUCCCUUACUCUGGUUUUGCAAGUACCUCUUACAUUUUAUGUUUGAGAAAUAUUUUUUCUUAAUUUUUUCCCAUUGCUUCUUCAUUUAUUCAGUGAUUUUCUGAGUGAUUUCUUCAAGCCCAUCACAUCAGAAAUGGAGCAUUUGAAGUCUGUUAAGAAACAUAGACAUGGAAGGAGGAUUAAGCAGCUGGAGAGAUUUGAGCAGAAGAUGAAGGAGGAAAGGCAGAAACGAAUUCGGGAGAGACAAAAGGAGUUCUUUGGUGAAAUAGAAGUCCACAAGUCUGUCAGCUUAUGUCUUUCUAAGAUUUGCUUAUCCUAUUUAAUUUAUUAUGAUGUAGUGAUUGAAUAGUUUGGAACAUUGGAAGUAGAUUUUGAUUAGUCAUAAGGCUGGACUGAUGAUAUACUGUGUCCUGUAGGUUGUUUGCUAACUACUUGCUUUUUAUGCGUGAAUCUCCAGGGAGAGACUGGAAGACUACUUCAAGGUUAAGAGAGAACGCUGUAAGGGGUUUAACAGGUAUGUGAAGGAGUUCCACAAAAGGAAAGAACGUAUCCAUAGAGAAAAGAUUGAUAGGAUCCAGCGUGAGAAGAUUAACCUAUUAAAAGCCAAUGAUGUGGAAGGCUAUCUACGCAUGGUUCAGGUUCGAUUAGAUACCUUCAUUCUAGUUACUUUGAUUUAAUAUUCAUUUUUUUACGUUAUUUUGAUUCGCUUUUAAUGGACUAGGAUGCCAAGUCAGAUCGUGUUAAGCAGCUUCUUAAGGAAACAGAAAAAUACCUUCAAAAGCUUGGUGCAAAAAUACAGGAAGCAAAGUCUACAGCUAGAUGUUUUGGGGGUGAAAUGGAUGCCCCAGAUGCAGCUAUGUCAGAAAAAAGUGAGGUUCCAAUGGACCCAGAAGAUGAAAGUGACCAGGCACAGGUAAGCAUGUCUGUGGAUUAUUUUUUGUUGUCAUUUUAUCCAUCUUACGUGUAAGAGUUUUGGUUGCAGCAUUACCUAGAAAGCAAUGAAAAGUAUUAUCUAAUGGCACACAGGUACUUAUGAUUCUCCUUUCGAUUCUUAUUUUUCGCAUUUUCCUUAUGUUUUACUGAAGCAGACAGCCGAUCUUAAGACUAACAGUUGAUAAGUUGGUCAGCAAAACCAUCCAGUGACAUCCAUUCGCGUAUUAUACACGGGGUUCAGAUAAAUGUCGUAACCAAAAGGUCGCUGAUUAUGCCCCAUUUCCGUUCUUAAGCUUGCCCAUGAACAACUGGUCAGGUCUUCAAUAGGGUGUUGGUGUUGUCCUCAAAAGGGUUAUAGGCGGCUCCCCAACUGUGGCCUGACAAGUUAGUAGUCUGGUCUCCUGGUAGAGGUGGAAUUUUUCCUCAAUCUAAAAAUAAUGUACGAUCAAUUUGGUGGAAUCCAUCAGGUGUGAGUUUUUAUGGCAGAAACCCUACUGAGAGACUUGAAGACAUUUGGUCAGUGGAUGGCCCAUAAUCAGGAUUAAUGGUAGGUGAUUGUGGGAUCGCACCUUUGGACUGCUAGAGGCAAAUUGGUCGUUUAUGUAUAAUCAAGGCCUUUUCGGGUUAAUUUUGCGCAUAACAAUUGGGAGUGCUUUAUUCUUUUGGAUGAAAAGUUUAUUUUUCCUCAUUUUCCUGCUUGAAUUUUCGCUACCUGAAGAAAGGGAGAAUACUAUUUGUUGUCUUUUUUCAAACAAAUAUUUUAAUGGAACAACAUUUCAUUUUGCAGCGUGAAAGAGACCAUAGAAGAACAGCCGGUUUCCCUGCGGGGUGGAAAACUGAGGGAGUGAGUUUCAUUCUUAUAGAUGGUUUCCUCAACGUUAGAGCAUAGAAUGUGAUCUUUCUAGUUAUAUUACUUGUUCUUUUCGUAAUAUUUUUACAUUUUUUUAUCGUUUUUGAGUACAGAUACCAGAUGAAUGGGUUGAGAUGGCUGGUUUCACUAUAUAAUAACCACUUGAAUGGGAUUUUGGCAGAUGAGAUGGGUCUUGGUAAAACCGUUCAGGUUUGCUGCUGGAGUACACUCUUCUGACGAUUACAUCCUUUAUUGUACCACUAACAUCUUCCCAUAUUCUGAUGUUACAUUUAGAGGGGCUUGAUAUCCUUUUAUUUUGCAGGUUAUUUCGUUAAUUUGUUACCUCAUGGAAACCAAAAACGAUCGAGGUCCUUUUCUGGUGGUAGUGCCUUCCUCUGUUUUGCCUGGAUGGGAGUCAGAAAUUAAUUUCUGGGCACCUGGGAUAAACCGAAUCAUGUAUGCCGGAUCACCAGAAGAGAGGCGCCGGCUUUUCAAGUAAAUUCUGAUCAGUGGGUGGUAUCUUUUUUAUCCUUUAACAAAUAUUUUAAAGGUGACUAAUUUAUCUUAUUAUUUCAGAGAAAGGAUUGCUCAUCAGAAGUUUAAUGUGCUCCUGACAACAUAUGAAUACUUGAUGAACAAGCAUGAUAGACCAAAACUGAGUAAAAUUGAUUGGCAUUAUAUUAUAAUUGAUGAAGGUCAUCGUAUAAAGAAUGCAUCAUGUAAGCUUAAUGCAGACUUGAAGCACUAUCGAAGUUCCCAUCGAUUGCUACUGACCGGAACUCCUCUGCAGGUCAAUGCUCAAUUGCUUUCAGUUUAUGAUAUUGUCUGUUCCCACAAUUUUUACUGUUAUGUGUUAGCAAACUUUCAUGCUUUGGUUGAUGCAAAUCCUGAAGGAGCAUGAUCUUUAUUCGAAAUUCUGCAUCAUGAAUGUUUUGUUAGGCCUUUGACAACUCUGAGAAGGGAUUAUUCUUGGCACGCAAUUAUUCUUCUGGGUUCUAAAUUAAUGAGUCUUCUUUAAUGUAGACAGAUUUUCCGCUUCUAGUUAUAAACAUCUGGAUUGCUGCUGACCAUAACAUGAAACAUGACGUUGAUUUCACCUAACUUCAUAGGUUCUGAAGCAGCAUGUUCUCUUACCCUGGGGAAGGAACAUGUAGCCUGAAUUAAGAAGAAGUCACUGCUGAAAUCUUUUGAAGACGUCCUAACCAUCCAGGUGUUGAUUGUGCUCUGACUGCAGGAGAGAGAAAUUUCAAAAUAUAAAAAGUCAGCACUUGUAGUAAACCUGAAGAUAUGGCUUACAGAUCACUACUUCCAGAAUGAAGUUGCCACAGCAGAACUAAAGGAACAAUAGCCCCAGCUUUUGAAAAUGGGCACGGCUCCUUAAACCAUGAUCUGAAGAUUUCUGAUGGCUAGGAAAGGAAAUCCUGAGCGGAGCAGUAGAUGAAGAGAAAGAGGGGUUGGAGUCUGUUGUUGGAAGAAACUAGGGAUAUGAUGAACAACAUUUAUAAUAUCUUGCCACAAGAAGCAAACAGCCGGAUAGCCUGUUUCUUUCUUCGAAGUCGUGAAUUUCUUGACUGUUCAUUGAACUGAAUUCCAACAUUUGAGAACCCUUGAAAAGGGUCUUUAACAACUUUUCAUCUUAGGGGUGCCCAAUGGCCACUGGAAGAAACCUUAGAUAGGUCCCCGUUUGCCUUUUUGUUCUCUUUUGUUCAUGAUGUUCAUCAAUCAUAGAACAGGAAAACUCGGAUUCUGAAAGAAAAGUCCUUGCUGUUUUCCUGUUUGUGCUUUUGUUAUCAUUUUAUCCUUGUACAUUUUUUCCUGUUUACCUACAACUUGCUGCAUUUGAGGAAAGAGUCGAUUACAGGUGGAUGAUUCAAUAGUUAAUUUGCUUUGUGACCCUCAAGGCUGUAGGAUCUACAUAACCAUUAACAAAUUUUGCACCUUUCAGCGUUGAUGUUGGGUUGAAAUUUGCCUGCCUGGGUUGAAUGUACAUUUUUGGGGUUUUACUAGAUUUUCUUUGCCUUUCUUAUAGCUGAGGUCCUUAAAUUGCCAUUGUACCUUGGGUCAUGGCACUAGCUCAUUCAUAUGCUUGAUGAAGCGAGGAGUCAGGUUUCUGACUUAUUGUCCUAUCUCAUAGACACUGUUUGUGAAUUGGUGCAACUUCGUUGCUGCAAGAACGUGUACAAUAUGCUGUAGUCAUUUGCUGAAAAUGGACUUUUGUAGUCUAAGUCAUUUUGACUAGGAUGGAAUCCUUUGCCUUUUGUCCUCUCUCUAUCACCAACUGGGGAUGAUAGGUGAAUUCGUGGUGAAUUCUUGAUGGUAAAAAUAUGCAUGUUGGUUGUUAUUAGUUUUGCACCGGAUGCGAAGGCAGCUGAUUAACAAAAUAUCGUGCUACUUCACUCUCUGUGAUGAGCAUUUUUCUUAGAUUUCUAUGGGUCCGAGGAGUAAACUUACCGCUGGCUGAUUCCAUUGUGGUUCCUCUUCUGGGCUGGUUGGUGAGAUUUGUGCUUCGAAGGGCAAGGUAAAAAAAAACACUCUAGGAAAUUUACAGUCAAUAUUGCUAAUGGCGAAUAGCUGCUGGUUCUUCAGUCAUUUGUACCCUUUCCUGCAGUCACCUGUACUUGUGAAUUCAGGGAAAAUAGUCGGUGGGUUGUUGGGGAUGGUGGGCAGUUGUCAUUUAACGAAGGGUAGGUGUCAUCCUCCUCUCCGGAUUCUUCUUUUCUUCGGUGAGUCUGCAAUUUUAUCAAAUGUUAACUAGUUCUAAGCUUGGAACUUAAAUAAUAGGAUUUAAUUUAUGGUUGCUUUCCAGUUCCAACCUUAAAAUGAGUUGUACUGGAAUAUAACUGAACAUUUUGUUUUAGUUCGACAAAUUCCGGAUCAAGUUGUUAGGUUUUUCAAUUCCAAGUAUUGGUUUAUUACUUAGGGGUUGUGUUCGAUGAAUAAAACCAUUGAGUUCUUCAUCGAAUUUGGUUUAUUUCUGUGACUAGAGACGUGUUGCAAGGAGAACUCUAUGGGUUGAUCUGUCUGUGGCAAACGCUCAUCCAGCCUUUAAUCUUAAAUGAACUUGUUUAAGGUUCAUUGCCCCGGAAUGCAUAAGUUCGAAAGAGAAUUGAAUUUCAGUUUCAUUCAUUGAUGUUGAAAGUAUGUCAGAUUGAAUUGUUUACUGAUAACGCCCGAAGGAUGACCAGGAGUACUUUCGAAAGAAAUCUGAGUUUACUAUUUAUAGAAUCCAUUUUUUCUGUUUUUUUGAAAUUAAUUGGACGAGAUUUUUAGGUGACUUUUUUUCUUGAAUGUGACUGUCUUUGCUUAACAGAACAAUCUUGAAGAACUUUGGGCACUACUCAAUUUCUUGUUGCCCAAUAUAUUCAACUCAUCAGAGGAUUUUUCUCAGUGGUUCAACAAGCCAUUUCAAAGUAAUGGUGACAAUUCACCUGAUGAAGUAGGAUUCCUUCACUUUUUUUUGUUUAUUUUCACCUAAAUGUAAAUGCCAUUCAAGAAAUUCUCAUGUUAUUUUUGUGAUUGAUUAGGCUUUGCUCUCAGAGGAAGAAAAUCUUCUAAUUAUAAAUCGCCUCCACCAGGUUCUUCGACCUUUUGUACUUAGAAGACUUAAACAUAAGGUCUGCAUGUUGAUAUUUUUGGAUUAUUCAAUUUCAUGAUAAUUUAUCGUCCUGUUGCCUAGAUUUUUUCUCCAGAGGGUGAUACUUGUACCUCUGUUUUAGUUAUAUUUUUUUGACAUUUGUGCUAUUUAUUGAGGCACUUUCUCUUUCUCCGGAUAUAUGCCAUCGUAUUACAGUUGUACAUUAAUUGAUGUUACUGUCUUUUUUAUUUGUUUGUGUUCCUCUUUGGUUUGUAUCCCAAGUUGUAUUUUUCUCUUUGGUUGUUUCUAUUAAGCAUUCUAUAUGUUCACUUUUUUCUUGUUUGCUGCUUGUGGCUUUUGGUAAUGAACCCACCAAUUUUUGUAGCUAGAUUGCUUUAUGUCCUUGUUAACUUGAUAAUAAUUUAGGCCACUUUAGCAAUUUGAUUUUUUUCUUAAAGUGAAUCCUAGAAAUGUCGUUUCCCAUUAAGCUUUGUUCACCAAAUUUUUUGGUGUGCAUAUGAGUUUUUCUGUUUUGAAAGUAUAUCUUGUUCUUUUAUUAUCACUUAUUGCUAUUAUGUUUAUUUGAUCUCAUUUUACUAUGAUUAAUUGUCUUUUCAGGUUGAAAAUGAAUUACCAGAGAAAAUUGAAAGGCUAGUAAGAUGCGAAGCUUCUGCAUACCAAAAGCUUUUAAUGAAGCGGGUGGAGGACAAUCUUGGGUCGAUAGGAACUUCAAAGGUUUAUCUCUGUCUUGGAAUUAUUUUAUUUCCUAAUCUUGGAUUCAGUUUGGAAGGUCAAUCUUAUAACUGUCUAUGAUCAGGGUCGCUCCGUCCAUAACACUGUAAUGGAGCUGCGAAAUAUAUGUAAUCAUCCAUAUCUCAGCCAACUUCAUGCUGAUGAGGUGAUGCUUAAACACAUAUCUGCGAAAUAUAUUAUACUUAAACACAUAUCUGUUUGUGAGUUUUUAUGAAUGCUACUUGUUUCUUGCCUUUUUCUUUUCUCAAAAUGCAUCUUUUUCAAACUUCUAGGUUGAUGCUUUACUACCAAAGCAUUAUCUACCCUCUUUGGUGAGACUUUGUGGUAAGCUGGAGAUGCUAGAUCGCCUAUUACCCAAACUAAAAGCUACUGGUCAUCGGGUACACGAUUCGUUUCUGAGGAUCUCAUUUUUUUAUUUUUUUUAUUUUGAAGUCUUUAUUGCUUUUGAUUCGCUGCUGGUCUUAUUUAUUUUCCCGCAAAUUUGCAGCAUGAUUGAAUUAUUUCCCAAUUAAUACCUUUUGUCAUGGAUUAAAGUUGUCUUGUUUGAAAGCUGGUGGAGUGAGUUUGUUGUCGAGAUGUACUUAAUAACCUAUAUAUGCCUUACAUGUUUACAUAUAUGUCCUCGUGUACUUUUCAUUUCGUGUUACAUCAGCAUGUCUAGAACCUUCCAGGGAUCUGGUAUAAAUACUGGAUCCCGCUCUCCUUGUAAACUGUUUUUUUAUCAAUAAAGUUAGAGGUCUUCUUACUCGAGUGCUGGGCGCCUAUCAGAGCUCCAGGCCGUGUGUUAUCUCGACUACAGAGUUCAAUAUGGAUAAUUGUGUAUAAUGAAAGGUUAUUUGAAAUUCCUUUAUUUUACUUAAGGAAUUCUUUCUGUUCUUCCCUUUAUCUGUACUCUUUGUUGGUUUGGCUGACCGAAAAAAAGGAGAACAGUCUACGAUGACCCAAGAUGUUCAGUAAAAUUAUGUCUAACUGAAGGUGUUUGCAAUCAAGGAAAAACAAUGGGAAGAGAAUGUAGGGGAAAAGGUUGAAAAAAGAAACAACACUAAAAAAUGAGAGAGUAAAGGGAUGUGCAAAAUGGCUGUCUAGUUUACCUAUCCGGCCACAUGAAGUUAGUGGUAUGGUGGUCAGAGAUGGAAGCAUCUAUUUGUUGAAUGAUGCCUGCUGAAGUUUUAGAAAAAUAAGCCUAGGGUCUGCAAUCCAAAUCAGAUUCGCCAAUUCUGUAUGACACCCAUCUGAAAACCGUUUCCAUAAGGGUUUGGGGAUGUCAGAUGGGGCAUACUCCUGUAUAAAGCCAGCCAACCCAUCCAAUCUAGAUGUGUUCGGCUGACAUCGUCUAGAGUAUCAUCUCACAAAUCCUGGUUUGUUGACUACAUUUCUUUUAUGUUCGUAGGUUUUCUGAAUUGUAUAUUGGAAACCGUACCAGUACCAGAGUAAAGAUUGAGCGUCAUUCAGUCACUUAUUUUUUAAUUUUUGGGCAAUUGAGUAUAUUGGAAGGAGAUCAAGCACGAAGUCUAUAAUGCUAAAACACACCUAGUAUUAUGAGAUAUGUGGAUAGGCCUGAAAUUUAGCCAGUUUAGGGAAUUGAUUUUCAAGAAUAAUUUAUUCUCUAUCUUAAAUGUUGGGUUAACAAAAGGGAUAAAUCCCUAUGAGAUAUCUAGGUCUGUCACUUUUGGACAUCUGACAGAAGUGAAAAUUUUCAUCACCAAUUGUGGGAGAUGGAAAGUCAAGUUUCUGAGUUUUUUUUUUUUGGGUGGUGGGAGGGGGUAACGGACUUUGUCCCAGGAUGUUAUUUCCAGCCAAAUAUCUUUUACAUGUUCCUCAACCUCCUAGAGAGCUGAAGCUCUAUGAAUAUUUUUUUUAGAAUGGAGACAAUAAGGGACGAGAGGGUAUCAUCUAGUAAAGUUGGAUAGAGUGUAAAAUUGAAUCCGAUAGGGUUGUGUGAUUGGAAAAUUGUGAAAAUUAUACUAAAGGCUUGUUGACUAAAUGGCAUUGGAUGCUUUGAGAAAACAAUUUUCUAUAGUUAGGAGAGAUGUACUAUUGACAAGGCAGCAAAUGGAAUGCUUACCUUGAUUGUUGAUAUUUAUUUUGCACGCUGGAGAAUAUAUACUAAAGGAGGAGUAUUUCAUGCCUAAAUGAGCAUCUUACACUUAGGUAAUGGGAGAUCUUUGUAGGGUUGGGAAGACGUGUUAUUCAGGUCAACCUCUGGAAAAUAAAUUUUCUUCAAUUUGCCAAUCAUACAAUAAUAAAAUGCAGAUCCAUUUUUCUCAUAAAUCCGGGCACAAUUGUCAUCUUAGGCACGUUUUGAUAUUUUCGUCUCGACCAUUCUGUAUUAGAGAAUAUUAUCAUCAUCAGUAUUGCAACUAUAUGUAGAUCAACUCAAAAAUGUAAUUUGGUUUCAGGUUUAUCACAACUGAAUAUGUCUGGUUGUUGAUGCUUUUUUUAUUAUUAUUAUGAACUCAUUUUCUUUGCAUUUUUGUUGUAUUUUCCUUCCACGAAAUCUUACGUUUUGAGUGGCCUAAGCUUUUUGUCGAUUUCGAGGUGUUUGGAGCGUUGCCUACAAAACCUAAAAGUUUGGGACUGCUAAGGAAAUAUUUCAUUACGCGGUUCAGGAAGAGAGUGUUCGUGGAACAAACAUUUAUUUAUUCUAGGUUGAAAGAAAUACCAUACAAAAGGAUAUGCUUUAAUUGAUCUUUGCUUGCUCCUGACAUGAUAGAAACCAUGGUCGUAAAAACUGUCUUUGAUAGACAGCAUGUAGAGCUGUUAUGGUACCAAUUGAACAAUUUUGGUGUGAGACACUAUGGAUUAGCUCCAAAUGCAUUCUGAACAAAUCCGUGAGAGUCCCGCCUCCAGCAUUGGGUACAGUGACGACAGUGAGGUUUAUUGACGGGAGUAUUAUAUUUUUUUUUUUACUGAAAUCAGUUUCCUGUAUGUUGUUGACCAAAUCAGUGGAUUAUUUUUUUGGUAUUUGUAUAUCAUUGUUUUGUGACGUUGUUUAGUUUUCUGUUCUGUUAUGUUGCGGUUUCUUUGAUGUCUUUGGGUGAUUAAUACUACCAACACGUUCGAUUAAUUCAUUUAUGUUCCAGGACAAUCGAUGGGCGUAAAGAUUAAUUAUGCGUUACCAUUGCCUGACCCCUCAGAUAACUGAUUUCUGGUUGGCCGUUUCUGGUUUUUAUCAGCUUGUAGACUGAUGCAGCCCUCAUAUGAUAUGCAGGUUCUCUUCUUCUCCACAAUGACCAGACUUCUGGAUGUUAUGGAGGAAUACCUACAUUGGAAACAUUAUCGGUACCUACGUUUGGAUGGCCAUACUUCAGGAAGUGACCGCGGAGCUCUCAUUGAGGAAUUCAAUCGACCUGAUUCACCCACUUUUAUAUUUCUUCUCAGGUAUAUAUAGGCGCAGAUUUUUUUUUUCUAUAGAUUUCUGAUAUGUUUUUAUGAUGAAUCAUCUGUCCCAUGUUCUUAAUGUUGUAGCAUUCGAGCUGGUGGAGUUGGUGUGAAUCUUCAGGCUGCCGAUACUGUUAUCAUCUUUGACACGGACUGGAAUCCUCAGGCAAUUUAUAAGCGUUUGUUCUUCUGAUUGACACUAAUCAAUGGCAAACACUCUGAUUGUCUUUUGCGAUUGAUUUAGGUUGACUUGCAAGCUCAGGCAAGGGCCCAUAGGAUAGGUCAAAAGAGAGAUGUCCUGGUGUUGCGCCUGGAGACGGUGAACAUUAUAUGCAUCCUUUAAGUUUUUUUCGUUUGUAUACUAGAAUUGGCUUGUACGACAUUGAGUGUUCAUUCACCUUUUUACUGUAUCUGUUUCUUUAGUUCCAUUAUCGUCUACUGGAAAUAUUUUCCUUUUAUUUUUUCCUUGUUUUAAAGAAAGAAAAGUUCAAGAUCGUAAUUUCAAUCAGGAUACUUCUAUAUUUUUAUCUACGGAUGCUAAUCACUUCGUUGAACUGUGUUGCUAUAUUAUACAUUCCCAAGAAUAAAUUUCAGCUCUUGUCCUACAUUCAUUUACACGAAACCUUCACUAUCUAGAAACCUCUCAUCAUGGAUGAUAGAUAAAUAUAUCUGAGGGACAGGUGAUUUUUGGAUAAUGAUCAACUCGAUGUUGGUAUAAUUUGAAAUAUAUAUUAGAUUGAAUAAUGUCAUAAUCGCAUUCAUUAGACGUGAACAUAUGGAGUCUUAGUUUUGUGCUAUUCAUGUAAGUGAUCAACUAUCCUACUACUUGUCAAGAGAUUGAGGCAAAUACAACGAACCAAAAUGUGAGAGUUAUUACUUUUCCGCUGCUUCUAACUGUUGAUUGAUUACAUAGUAUUUGACGUCAUAUAUUUUCCUAACAACAGGAGUAGUUCUCCCUUUUCCUGAUCGAGGGAGUUAUGUAGCCUUAUUUUGGGAAAACGAAACAGGCAUGGGCAUAAGGUGGUGAUCUUAUAAAAUCUCUGGUUGAGUGCGGUCCACUGCGAAGUUAUCGAAAUUAACUCUCAAUGGAUGCCACUUUGUCAAAACAGAUUACGCUGGUUACGAAUGUCCGUCAGUGAAGAAUCUGGACAGCCAACUUAUCUUUAAGAAAAUAAUUCAUGAAAUCUAGUGAGGAGAGGGCUUUUAGAGACUCAUGUCAUGGGAUGAAAAUUGUCAUGAAAUAAUGAAAGCUAAAUGGAGGCAAGGGUGUGGAAUUUGGCUGAAGGAUGCUUUAUACUUUUGUUAGUCAUGGUCUAUGCCUUGUUUUCUAUGGUUGUGUUGUUUUCUAUCGGUAUCCAUCGGGUACUUGCAUGUAGGACUUUAGGUGAUGCUAGUCAUCCAUGCCAAUGCUCUUCUGAAAUAUGACUAACUAUCAGGAAAUUAAUAUUUACGUACAACAAUGAUUAGGUUAACACUGUGGAAGAACAAGUUAGAGCUGCAGCAGAACAUAAACUUGGAGUUGCUAACCAGAGCAUAACUGCGGGUUUUUUCGACAAUAACACCAGGUAAAGCUGGUAUUUGUAGUGUAACCUCUUUUAUCAUCCAAUUCGUGCCUUUCCUGAAGCAUUGUUGCAUUUUUUCUGUCAUCGUAGUGCGGAAGAUCGAAGGGAGUAUUUAGAAUCUCUGCUUAGGGAGUGCAAAAAAGAAGAAGCAGCUCCUGUAUUAGAUGAUGAUGCUUUAAAUGAUUUACUAGCCCGAAGGUAAGGAAAUCCUCCAUUUAAUCAAAUUACAUGUAAUUCAUUGAAUGUUCAUUGUUCUGAUCUUGUUAAGAGAUGCGCUAUUUCUCAUUAAAGUCACAAUUGAUUCUACUGAACUUACCUUUUCUUUGUUGUGUGUUUUGGUCGGCAGUGAAGCUGAGAUUGAUGUGUUUGAAUCAGUGGACAAACAAAGACGUGAAGAGGAGGCGGUGUGUACUUUCUUAUAUGUGGAUUAGCUCCAUCUUUUAUGUUGACACAUUUUGUUGGUUUUGAUGGACACGAAGUUUUAUGCCUCACCAAAUGGUCUUCUUUGGCUUACUAUCUCCAGGCAACAUGGCAGAAAUUGAUCCAAGGUAGAAAUGGUGAUGGGCUAGAUCCUUUACCAAUCCCCCCUCGCCUUGUGAGAGAUGACGAUUUGGAGCGCCUGUAUCAAGUUCUGCGCAUAUCAGAAGAAUCUGCUGCAAGUGUGAAGAGAAAAGGUGACAUUAGUCUUGACACCCAACAGUAUGGAAGGGGAAAACGGGCUCGUGAGGUUGGUUGGAUGGCUCAUAUGCGAAAUUUGAUCGUGUUGCUGGUUGGGUGUUGAUUAAUCAAUGCUGUCCUGUUGUCAACAGGUACGAUCAUAUGAAGACCAAUGGACUGAAGAAGAAUUUGAGAAACUUUGUCAGGCUGAUUCACCAGGUUCUCCAAAGCUUGAUGAAGCUUUGAAAGGUACAUCUUCUACCAAGGAUUCUAGUUUGCCUAAGGUCGAUGAGCAAGAAGCCCCCCAGCUUCCCUUAAGAGAGAUGCAGCCUCCAGAAGUAGAACAGUUGUCUCUUCCCAAUGAUCCAGUAUCCCUGCCAAAGGAGCCACAGUCAGCGAUGAAAGAUAAUUCAACACCUGUGAAACGUGGAAGGGGAAGGCCCAAAAGAGCGCCAACUGAUACCUCAUCACCUUUGCUUCCCGCUCAUGAAUCGUCUGAACUUAUCAUCAACCAAGAGAAUGAUUCACAAAGCGCAACCCUUUCUUCUUCUGCUACCACUGGCGAUCUCGAACCUUCAAAAGUUGAGUGUGGGAUGAUCAAGAACAAGCCCACAGGAGCUACCAGUGUGUCUGUAUCCACUCCUGAACCUGCUGCUAACAUUCAUGCCAAAGGGCUAAGUCGAAAGACACAGACUGGGGAAGCAUCUCGAGGGCGUGCAAGGAAAGCGUCUGUUUCAGGUUCUGCUCCUCCCCAUGGAAGAACUAGGGUUAUUAAAAAUUCUUCAGAUUCCAAGGCAUCUAAUGUCAGCCACGAAGUCAAUCCUAGUGGUUUAGGGCUACAAAAAGGCCCCGAAUUGUCAAAAGUUCAGGACUCCACUGUGCAAAAAACCGAGGAAUCUUUCAACACUCAGAGCCAGCAGGUCUGCGUUGCUCAAGGAAAAGAUGAGAGUAUCAUCUCACCUGCCUCAGAGAAAAUAGAAACAAUCAAGGAAACUCUGGUAGGGAGCAAAGAAUCUUGUUUAUCGUCAACAGGUAAUUUGCCUACAGUGGUAGAGCCUGUGGGAGAGCAGGCAUCAAAGCCUCCUAUGCUGAAGGAUGGUAAAGGAAAGACGCUUUCAAUGGGCUCUGCGGAGAUGGCACCCAAUGAGAAGUCAAAAUCAGAUAAUCGUCAUAAAGUCAAAACUGUGGAGGUUCUUAAUUCGGGUGAAAAUGUCAGAAAUCAAGAUACUCGACUUCUUACCAAAACACCAGAGGCGAAACCUGGAAACAUGAAGAAUGAAACAGCAGUACCUAUGACAACUUCUGACCUCACAGCUUGCUCUUUAACCGAGAAAGAUAUCAUACCAUCUACUUUAGUUAGACGUGGGCCUGAAAAGAAAAAUUCUGUGACCAGCAAAAAGGCAGCUGCACGUGAAGCAAAAAAUAUGGGCAGCUCUGCCCAUGCUGUACGUAGAAAUGCUCAUCCUUCUGGUUCAAGCUUGACGGAUGGCAAGGAAAGCAGCUCAAAGUCCCUUCGUAUCAAAAGCACAUCAGAUAAUGAUGGCAAGCACGGUGGAAUUAUCACAGCUGUUUUAAGUUGUAACUUGGGGAAUUCGACUGUCACAUUGUCAUCUCAGAAGGAGAAUUCGACUGGGAAUUCGGUAAUUACACAAUCCAAUCAGAAACGAGAGCCGGAUGGCAACGGCAAUGAAAGCUCCUCGAAGUCUGUUAGUGUAAAAACCAUGCCAGAUGAUGAUGGCAAGAAUGGACAAACUAUCACAUCCACUUUAGGUUGUACAUCAGAGGAGAUAAGCCCCAAUCAUUCCAUUCCUAUUCCAUCAUCUCCUCAGAACGGCAACUCAACUGAGAAUUCAGAAAUUUUUGCACAGUUUCGUCAGCAACAAAAACCAUCAACAUCUGGGGGAGAUGCCUCCUAUGCUGCCAUGGUCUCGUCAAGUAAGGAAAAAGAUUUGAAGUAUCUGGAAAAGGAUGUUCAGAGCAGUGAUUUUAAAGCAAUGGAAAGGCAACUCUGCAUAUCAGGACUAAAAUCUGGUGGCUCAUUGCACAACGUCGACUCACUUCCAGCUAAAUUGGAUACUAAGGAUUCCAGGGACCAAUCUCUUCUGUCUUCCUUGGCUGAUGAUCCUGCCAUAGUGAAAGGGUCACCCGAACAUGCCCCCUCAGAAAGUGAAUGUGGGCAUCGUGCAUCUGAGAAUGUUAGUGAUCCAAUCAGUGUCAAAAAUGACGUACAAGUCCGUCCUUGUGUCCUUGAGGACACUAGUUUCGAGUCUAGCGCUUCAUUGUGCUCAGAACUGACGAUUCCAUCUUUUCACAAGCAGUCAAACGAUUGUGAGGAAAACAUUCCAAAACAGCCUGCUGAUCAACUUACUAUGCCUCCAGCGGCCCAUUCAUCAGUAGAAGCUGGCUCAGGGGAAAGUGAUGAGCCUUCUGCAACGGUGGCUAUGAUUUCAACUGAUUCAGUUUCCAUGGGUGAUGCCCCAAAAUUCGAGAGAGAUAAGGUUGUGGAUGGAGCAAAAGAUUCCCUCAUUACGGGUGCUGUUGGAGAAUCAGUAGAUUUCGCAGGAGCAAGUAAGAACAUUCUAGCUUUAGACUGUCUUACUACAGAAGAACACCAUGUUACAUCCGGCUCUAAUUUUAUCAACACUGAGGAGACCCGAGCCUGUACUGACGUCAAAAGAGAGACAGCAGAUGCCAUGCUUGCUGUAACUCCAUUGGCAUUCUCAGGUACAUCAGUGCCAGAAGAAUCUCACAACGCUAUGGCUGAUGAAACAGGGACAGAUCCUAAAUGUGAUGUUUCGAACCUUUCAUCGUAUGUUUGUUCUCAUGUGCCAGACCUGACUAUUGGAGAAGCACGAUCACCUGCGGAAAGGUUCUCCAAUGAAGUUUUGGCUGAACCUACCGCAAGUCAGUCUUCUCCAGGGGGAAAUGCGCAAGUCUCCCAAACGAGUCAGAAAGAAGGUUUGGGUGACCCUGAGGUCAUAUACAGCAGAGAAGAUAAUGCAGUAUCUGCUGUGGAUAAUACGUCGGCUGCUUCUGCAUCAAUCAUAAACAUUGACAAAGACACUGAAUGUGCUACAGAGCAUAUUAAUACCGGAAGCAUUGCUAAUUUGGGGACAGAUGUGGGUUCUGCUUCUUCUGCAAUUCCCAGGGAUCAAAAAACUGUUGAAGUCAUUGAACUUGUCAAAGACCCAUCACAAGAACUUAAUAGCGGUUCUGCAUCUUUUCUCACAUCUGUCGAUUCCAAGAUUCAAAAUGCAACGAAUGUAUGGGAAUGUCAAGAGCGAUCUGGUGAUGUUAUCGUUGCUCCUCAAAUUGCACAGGUGCACGAAGAUGUUGAAGGACUUGAUGAGCGUGCUGAGGAUAGGAUUAGUAUCAGUAUGCCAGAUAACACUUCUGCGCCUUCUGAUAUUCCGGUUGAAGCAGAAAAUUCAGCCGAAUCUUAUUUGAAUAUAGGUGGUGUUCUAUCAAGGAAAGAUUCCACUCCAGAGGCAGGUAGUGUCAAUGUGAAUUCCCAGGCUUCUGACAUUGCAGCCUCCAUUGAGGUGGGGAACACUGUUCCGAGUGCAUCAGACAUGGCAUUGAAGGAAGCAGAGGAACCUACGAAUCUGACGCCUGUGGAAGAGCCAGAAAUUUCAGAUGCCUCUCCGGACUUUUCUGCAUUUCGAUUAGACAAAACUGAUGACCCUGGCGAUCUGAUUCAUGAAGGUGGAGAUGCUGUGGUUGUUGCACAGGAAACUAUGGACGAUUUUACUGUCAGCAACAAAGAUAUCGGAUUAUCUAAGCCUACGGAAGUUCAUGACAGAAAGGAGCAUUCUGUUGGCAAUGCAUCACUUCUCGCUUCAUAUCCAACUUCUUCAGAAUCACAUAUGGAUGAGUUGACCUGCGAGAUGAAUGUAAAUACAAAGUUAUUGACCUCCGAGGUACCCCAACCUGUUGUCACGUCCUGUAGUGAAGCCUUGCAAGAUGUCACCGAAGCCAAAAAUGGAUCGGUCACAGAAUCUGGUCGACCAAAUUUUGUCAUGCCUUCGGGUUCUGUUUUAUCGGAUACGACUGAAGCUUGUGGCUCAUUAGUUUCAGAGACCACCCUUCAUCUUGGUACCACCAUGGGAUCUAACUCUGAUAAAAUAGAUGAAGCCACAGACAGCCCUGCAUCAGUCAUGGAACCGGCUCAGGAUCUUUCUGUGGUGUCUUGUAGCCAUAGGUCCCCAGAUAUAGCUGAAGAUAUCUGCACAUCAGUCUCAGAAACGGCUCAGGAACCAGCUCAGGAACCAUCAAACUCUAUGUCACAGGAUAAAAAUCAAGACUACAAUGCGUCAGUCUCAGUAAUUGAUGAAACUCUUGCUGUUAUGCCUCGAGUACCAGCUGCCUCUGAAGAUCACACCCUUGCAGAGCCGUGCGCUAGGAACGAGGAGACAAGUGAUUCAUUUUCGAUAGUGCAUCCUGCUGUUUCCCUGCCUUUUAAAGAAGCUUACCCUGAGGAUCUUUCAUUGAAUGAGAAAAGUAUCGGACCCUCAGUCCACCCAGCCCCAGGAAUCAACUCAUUAGAACCUCUGCUGGAUGGGAAAAAUGCUGAAAUUGAUUCUUCUUUGGGUGUUUCUCAACCUGCUGUAUCUGCCCCUUUUAGGUCAUCCCUUUCAGAGGGCUAUUCAGCAGAAGCCAUGCAUGUUGAGGACGAGGAUAAUGGUAUUUCCUUUUCGGAGGAUAUUCGUCCUGUUUCAGUCUUGGCUUCAGUCCAGUCUCCCCUUGGAGUCCAGGGGUCAGAGACUUCAGAGGACGACAAAAAUGCUGAAAGUGCUUCUGCCUUGGAUGGUUCUCGACCUGCUGUUGAUAUCUCUUUUCUGUCAUCUCCUUCAGUGGGUGAUUAUCCAGAUGAUGCCUCUACAAAGGACGAGAAUACAAAUGGUUCAACUUCAGAAGAUACGCAUCUUGUUUCUGCCAUAAAUUGCGUCCAGUUUCCUACUGAAGUCUACUCGUCAGAAACCUCACAUGAUGGCAAGGGAGCUGAAAAUAUUCAUGCUUUGGAUGCUUCUCAACCUAUUGCUGCUGUUUCUUGCGUGCCAUCUCCUUCGGAGGAGAAUGCAAUUUCCGCUCCAGAGGCGAAGAUUCUUCUUGAUACUGUCACAUCUUCUGUCCAGUCUCCCCCUGGAGGCUAUUUGGUGGAAGCCUCACCUGGUGGCAAGCAAGCUCAAGGUGCUUUUUCUUCGGAUGCAUCUCGACUUGACGUUGAUGUUUCUUGUACAACAGCUCCUUCGGAGACUUUAAUCGCAGAAGCCAAAUGUCCUAAGGAUGAGGGUAUCGAUAUCUCAGCUUCAGAAGAUACUGCUCUUCAUGUUUCGGUGCUAUCUUCCAUCCAGUCUACCCCAGGAGCCCAGUUAAUGGGAGCUUCACAUGAUGGCGAGGGAGCCGGAAUCACUUCUGAUUUGGAUGCUCCUCGAACUGCUGUUGCCUUCUCUUUUGUGCCAUCUCCUGCAGUGGUUGAAUCACCAGACGCUCAAUGUCUCGAGGAUGACGGUACUGUCGAAUCAGCCUCUGGAGCUAUUGGUUCUGUCAUUCCCAUGCCUUCCGUCAGUUCUCCACCUGAAGCUAACACCUCUGAAACUCCACACCACAACAAGGGAGCUGCUGCUGACAUUUCUUACACUUCAGCUCCCUCGGAGAGUUUUCUUGCAGAAGCUUUACGUGUUAAGGAUGAGGGCACUACUAGCGUUUCACCUUCAGGAUCUAUCCACUCUGGCUCUCCCAUCUCUCCUGCCCAGUCUCCUGCAGGAGCUCCAAAUCAAGGAAAUGGAGGUGAAAAAACCUCUGCUUUCGAUGCGUCUGAAUCUGUUGCCGAUGUAUCCACUAAGUUGGCUCCUUCAGAUCAUCAACACCUUGAGGAAGCUGCUGUAUAUGUCGAGGCUGAGGGUAAUGAUGGUUCAGCUCCAGAGGCUACUCAUCCUGCUGUUGCCAUAUCUCUCAUCCAGUCUUCCCCAGGGAAGCAGAUGGCGGAAGUUUCUCAUGAGAGAGAGAGUACUUUCACCUCCUCCUCUACUUUGGGUCCUGCUGAACAACCCAUCGCUGAGGACCACUCUGUGUCGGCUCUUUUGGGGAGUGGUCCUACAGACGGUGUGUGUCUCAAGGAUGAGGGCAAUGAUUCCACAGUUUCAGGAGCAGUUCAUCAUGUUCUUGCCGUAUCUUCUGCCGAGUCUCCCCUAAGAGCUGUCUCGUCGGAAGUUUCCCUGGGCAGGAUACCUGAGACUGCUUCUUCUGACUUGGAUUCUUCUCAACCCAUGACUGCUGAUACUUGUCCGUGGUCUACUUCGGGAGAAGACAUAUGCGCCGAGGAUGUGGGAGUCCGCUUGCCUGGUAUGGAUGCUUCAGUUGAUAUUUCCUCCAUUUCAGCUUCUGCAGAGAGUCCCGAAGCCGCGUGUGUUGACGAAGAGGGUGACGACAUUUCAGCUCUACAAGGUACAGAUUAUGUUCCCACCAUAGCCGAAUCUUCACAAGAGAAGAAGGGACUAGAAAGCACUCAUCAGCCCAUUGUGGGUUCUCCGGGGAUGUCAGCUCUUCCACAGAACAGUUCUGAAGAAGCCAUCUUUGCCGAGGACGAUGAGGUUAUCAGUGAUGAUGCUCAGUGUCUGGCCCCUUCACCUGAACUGGGAGAAGCUCCUCAUUCUGUGGCAGAACGUGAAAUGACUGAAGCUGCUGAUCCUGCCCCUGGUUCAGGCAUCGGUGAAGAGCUCAUUCAUGAAAACCCUGAAGCAGGCCUAUCCCCGCCUACACCGACAGCCCCUGUUGCGCUCUGCGUGGAGUCCGGCGGAACAGGUGAAGUAGAUAGACCGUCCGCAGCCACUGCUGAGGCUUCUGUUGCAGAGAGUACAGAUGAACCAUCUGCGGGAGCGGACCAGUCUGCACAAGCCGUGGAAGAGGGAGCCCCUGCAGUUGCCAGUGUGUGA